CUGUACAAUGACGGUGUGUGACUGCUGUGAGCUCAGACCCGGGGCUGUACAAUGACGGUGUGUGACCGCCGUGAGCUCAGGCCCGGGGCUGUGCCAUGACGCUCAGUGCACUGCCAUCCUUUGGGUUCCUGUUUGACAUCGACGGGGUGCUGGUGCGAGGAAAGACUCCGAUUCCUGCUGCCAGAACAGCCUUUCAAAAGCUUGUGAACUCUCAGGGACAGUUCUUGGUGCCUGUGGUGUUUGUCACCAAUGCAGGGAAUUGCCUUCGCCAGAAAAAAGCCGACCAGUUGUCUCAUCUGCUGGGAGUUCCAAUUUCCCAAGAUCAGGUGGUGAUGUCACACAGUCCCCUGCGGAUGUUCAAGCGUUAUCAUGAGAAAUGUGUCCUGGUGUCUGGACAAGGACCACUUCUUGAUAUUGCUCAAGACCUUGGUUUCUGUCAGCCCAUCACCAUUGAGACUCUGCGGGAGAAACACCCACUCUUGGAUGCAGUUGACCAUGACAGAAGACCCAACGUUCUGUCCCCCUCUGCUGUGGAGCUUCCCAAGAUUGAGGCUGUGGUGUUGUUUGGGGAGCCAGUCAGAUGGGAAACCAGCCUGCAGUUGAUAAUAGAUGUUUUGCUGACCAGUGGCUAUCCUGGAAAUCCCUAUCACCAUGAAAACUACCCUCACAUUCCUGUGCUUGCCUGUAACAUGGAUCUCAUGUGGGUAGCUGAGGCACAGUCUCCAAGGUUUGGGCACGGGACGUUCAUGGUUUGUUUGGAGAACAUUUACAAGAAGAUCACUGGCAGGGAGCUGAAGUACGAGGCGCUGGUGGGCAAGCCCAGCCCGCUGACGUACCAGUACUCUGAGCAGCUGCUGCGGGCCCAGGCCCUGCACCGGCCCUGGCACCGGCCCAUCCACACCCUCUACGCCGUGGGAGACAACCUCAUGACAGAUGUCUAUGGUGCCAACCUUUACAACCGCUGCCUUGAAGAGAACUCCAGGAAAGGCUCCAAGCCGCGCGUUCAGGCCCAGGUUUCUGGUGGCAGAGGCUCUGCUGCACUCUCUCAGGACAAUGACAUGGACCACGGCUGGGAGAACCAGCUGGCACCUGCAGCUGCUGCCCACUGCAGGUCUGUGCUGGUUUGUACUGGGGUGUACAACCCCCACACCGAGGUGCCCUUGGAGACCAGGGACAGCAUCACGGAAGCUGUGUUCCAUGGCCACAGAGAUUUUAGGUUUGAUCCUGGUUUAGUAGAACCAGAUCAUAUUGUACCAGAUGUUGAUGCUGCUGUAGACCUGGUCUUUCAGCUGGAGAACUUCACACCUAAUUGAGGUGAUGUAAUUUCUUAAGGACCACUCAGUGCUAUGCUUUUCUUCCUAAAAAACAAGCUGUGCUUUACAAUAGCACCACAAACUGCUGCCUUCUAAAAUUUUUUAACUUCUACACUAAUGCAGUCUUACCUUAGGUAUGCUUAUUAGUAGUAUUUAUAGAUAUAUUAGUAUGUUUAAGUAUAUUAAAUAUCAAUAAUGCUUUUUAUAGUACUUCAAAAUAUGUAAUUUCUGACUUUAGUUGCCCUUUAUUGUCCUCUUCUUCAUUACGUUAGGUAUUUUAAUAGCAAUAUUUCAUAGUAGGCUAUUCAUGUUACCGGUACUUUAAUUCCCCCAUGACAGUAUCUUGUUUUGUUUGCUGGAAAAUUUAGCCUGUAGGUAUUUGGGAUCUUCAGUGUAUCACAGCAGGGUUUGUUGGGAUCAGUCUCUCAAUUUCAGAUGGGCUGAUACAGCACAACACGUGUUACUGCUGGGUCUUCUGCAUGUAAGGGGUGCUCUCCUAAAUUAGAGUGGAGUUCAAGUCUGUUCUGCUGGGGACUUGCUCACAUAUAACUCUGCUGCUGCCUUUCUUUCUGUUUGCUUUCCCAUGUGUCUGGAGUUGCUAUUUCUUCUCUCUGAUGUGUAAAGCCUUAAUAGAACUGGAGGUUCCCCAACUGGAGGUUGGGGAAGGCUGACUUGGUACCACCGUGUUGGAACUCCAACUGAGCACAG